UGUCAUGUGAUGAUGUCUUCACGCCACGGUUGUACUUUUGAGGACACCCUAGCUUCAGAACUUCGUGAUUUACACAGCAGAUUGCUGCAGCAAUAUCGGCAAGAUCUGGAAGAUGGUGCUCAUCGAGAAUUUCAAGUGUCAACAGAUUCAUUCGAUCCCAAUUCAGUCUUCGGUCCAAAGCUUGAUCGUUCUUCAAAACAAGGAAGACUUUGUGGUGACAAGUCAGAAAAAUCAAAGCCGCUGGAGCCGCUGGAGCAAUCGGAACAUUUUGUGGAGACUGCAAAGUCAUCAGCAGGUUCUUCAGACUUUGAAUGCACGGAUGAAUUUGGUAUGUUGAAGUCUGCAGACCAGGCUGAAACGAUACUUCAAAAGUGGGGUUUGCUUGGGCUGCAUCUCAUGGAGGUGCAAGCAUACCCGCGCAGACGAGAAUCGCCAUCAAUGAUGAAGGAUGAAUGCAAGCAUGAACUGAAGAUGCAUACUGCGUGGACCCAAUCUUUGCGAGAGUCCUCUCGAUUCAUGCGCAGCAGGACUCUGGUCCGCGGAGUUUCAAAGGCCUCGCGAAUCAAUGAGAAAGUCUUGGACCAUACAUCCUGUUUGCAGCCCCUGAUUUUGGGACCUCAGAAUCCCAAGAGGCUAUUUUGGACGUUUUUUGGUUUCCUCUUCAUCCUCUGGGAUUUGGUGACAAUACCAAUGCAGCUUUUCGACAUACCAGGCUUUUCAGGUUUCCUGGACCUGUUUGCAGAGAUCACCUUCUACUACUGGGUUUGCGACAUUUUUUUAAAUUUUAUUUUCUCUUUCGAGCGCCAAGGCCAGCUUGAAAUGAGACCAAGAGCAAUUGCCAUGCAUUAUUUGCGCUCCUGGUUUCCUCUGGAUUGCCUCGUGAUUGGCAUUGACAUUGCUUUGCGCGUGGUGGAAGCUGUUGUUAAGGAUAGAGGAACAUCUGGCGGCUUGCAGUCCGUGCGAUUGUUGCGAGCCUUGCGGCUCCUUCGAUUGAUGCGUCUGUUACGCGUGGGGAAACUCAAGCAGGCUUUUGCGAUCAUAGCAAGCCGCUUCACAUCGCUUUACUUCCUAAUGAUUAUGAAGGUCCUUUCCGGACUUGGAAUGAUUCUUGUGGUGAAUCACUACAUUGCCUGCUUCUGGUAUGGUUUGGGUUUGGUCUACCACGAGAACAGUUGGCUCCAGCAAGCGAAUGUAGCAGAGGGAAGCUUCUCCGAGGGCUACAUCUCGGCGCUGCAUUGGAGUUUGACGCAGUUUACACCUGCCACCAACAACAUCUCGCCUGAAAAUGUACCAGAGAGGCUCUAUGCCGUCUUUGUGAUCCUCCUGGCUCUUGGGGUUUUCUCAUCAUUCAUCAGCUCUAUCACCAGUGCUGUUAAUACACUUCGUGCUGUUCGCAUGGAGCAAAUGGUGCAGGAGUCAAAGAUUCGUCAGUUCUUCAACGAACGUCAACUGUCAGCCGAGCUGUUCAACAAAAUCCAGGAGGUUUGCCGAAAGAGGCGGCUCUUUGAGAUUCGGCUUCAGGAGAAUGAGGUGCGUUUUUUGGCAGAGAUUCCGGAUUCCGUCAAGGCUCGUUUGCACGAGGAGAUCUUCUUGCCAUGGCUCUUGACAGCAGAUUUUUUGCCAGCUUGGUGCCUCAACACUGAUCAUCGCUUUCUCCGAAAGGUUUGCCAUUUGGCCAUGAGAGAAUGCUAUGCGGUGUCCACCCAGGAUGUUUUCAACAAUGGACUUGAGAGCACUUACGUGAUCAUUGUCCAGCAUGGUAGCAUGGGUUACUAUGUAAAGGCACAGGACUCCACUGAAUUCGACGUCAAGGAGCGAUGGACUGUUAAAGAAGGCACCUUUCUGUGUGUUCCCACACUCUUCGCAUCCUGGUAUUACCGUGGUAAGCUGAAUGCAGACCGGGGUUCUUGCUACUACGUUUCUAUCGAGAGUAGCAGUUUCUGCGGACUGGCACAACAACACGCUGGAGCUUUGUAUCAGUACAUGCGGAUCUAUGGCAUGCUGUUGAUCAACGUCAUCGAGGCGCGAGAUUUGGAUCGUCAAGAGGUUUCAGACCUGGAUCUGCCCAGAUGGGUACUAGAUGAUAUCCGCGAUCGGACACAAAGAUUCUUGAUGAGAUGGGCAGUCUACCUGCAAAAUCUCAACAAUUGCGGACUCCACUCCAAGAGACAAACGCUUUCCAUAGGCGGCAGCGAAAGGCGCUGGAAUAUUAUUCUAAUAUGCUCAGAUCCAGUGCGCCGUCCUGAUUUGCUGAUGCGCUGAACUCAACAUCAAAUUCUGCCAUUCGGCAAUCCAAUUUGAUCCUGAACAACAACGUCGAAGGGAAAGCAGGAUUCUAUGGAUCCGCUUCCUGGAAUAGCGAAAUGUCCAAAAAUUGAGUGAUGACAUCGCAUUGGAAACCAAUGCUGAUGUUGUUUAUCCCAUCAUUUCACAGCAUGUUAUGGCACCUUUGGCCAAUCAUAUGCCUUGAGAAUCUAUUGCUGGAGGCUGCUCCGAAGAUUCAUUGGGAGGAUUUUGCUCAGUGGGCUUUCAGUGAACUCUGGGAUGGAGUGGCUCCUUGAGGCGUUUCUUGUGGGUAGCUUACCGAAGUUCUCGGAUCAUUUCUGUUACCCGGCAAACUGCAGACUCAAAAAGCUCAACUAGAGAUGUCGCGCACCUCAAGUCAAGGAAGCCUAUC